ACAGUAAAUUCAUUUUUACAGACUGAAAGGGAAAGAGUUCCAAUCACAAAAGCAUUCCAAACAACACCAGCCAAAAGAGGAUUAAUCUUAGGUCUUGGAGUUAUGAUUUUUCAACAGUUUUCUGGGUGUAAUGCCGUUAUUUUCUAUGCUACAACUAUUUUCAAUGCAACUGGGAGUUCAAUCGGAUCAAAUACAUCCACAAUUAUUAUUGGCAUCAUGGCCGUAGUGUCAACCUAUGUAUCAACGCUUGUCGUUGAUAAAUUAGGACGAAAAAUUCUGUUGUUGUAUUCUGUUGUUGCCAUGGGAAUUUGUACAUUCCUUAUUGGUGGAUUUUUUUAUGCAAAAGAAUUCCACUAUAAUAUUUCGUCAAUUGGAUUUAUCCCAUUAAUGUCGUUAUGUAUAUUCAUAAUAUUAUUCUCCAUUGGAUUUGGUCCCAUUCCAUGGAUGUUAAUGGGUGAAAUAUUCCCAGCUCAAAUUAAAGGAAUUGCUAGCUCAAUAGUUUGUAUGUCAAACUGGCUGUUUGUUUUCUUGGUUACCAAAUUUUUCACAUUAUUGGUAUCUGCGAUUUACCUAUACAACACAUUUUGGCUAUUCACAUUGUUCAGUGUAUUGGGAACAAUCUUUGUGGUCUUUUUUGUCCCUGAAACUAAAGGCAAGACCAUGGAAGAAAUUCAAGAAUUGCUUGGAGCUAAUCAUACUCCACUAUUAACAGAAAAUCAAAAUGAUGCCUAGGAAUAAUAUAUUUCAUAUUAUUUAUAUUUAAAACUUAAACAAUUUUAUUAUUUAUUCACCAACCAAUCAUAUAUUAUUAUUAUAUAAUUAUGUAUGAUUGUUUAGAUUAAUUACUCUUGGAAAUAGUUGCACAUGUUUUUAUCAACAACAACCAUUUAAUUUUUUACCUGUUUUAGUAUGUAUUAAUUAUUGGAUCUGUUUUAAAUGGUAUAAAAUUUUUUUUUUAUUUAAUUUAAAUGUAUAUUACUAUAGAAAAUAUUUUUAUUCUGACCAACUUAAAGCUUAUGCUGUGAUGAAMUUUUUUAGUUUUAGCUUAAAUUUCUAAUUUUUAGAAGAUUUCCAUGAAUUAAAUCUAGUAUCUGACACUAUUAUUGUUAUGCAUUCCUAAUUGGCGAAGCAAUUUAAAUCUGUGAUACCUAAAGACUUUUUAAUUGUAUAAAAACAUGUAUGUAAUCAAAUAUAUUAAUAAACACUUUUAACGAGUA